AUGUCAGCACGAAAGAGACAAAGGACAGACAACAACAAAACAAACGGCACAAAUGGACAAUCCGUGGAACCAGCCGACGGCUACACGCCCACAAAACAACUAGACCUCAACCAGGACCCAAACCGUCUCUUAUUCGCGUACUGGGUCCCCAACGUCUCAGGCGGCCUCGUCGUUUCCAAGAUUCCCCAAAAAACAAACUGGGACCUGGCCUCCAACGUGCGCUACGCCAAGACAGCCGAAGCCCACGGGUUCGAGUAUGCGCUCACUCAAAUCCGUUUCACUGCCUCGUACGGAGCCGAAAACCAGCACGAGAGCGUGUCCCUGUCGCAAGCGCUUUUGCACAGCACCGAGCGCAUCAAGCUCAUCGCGGCGAUACUCCCCGGGCCCUGGAACCCUACUAUCGCCGCAAAGCAGAUUGCGAGUAUCGACAAUUACACCAAUGGGCGUAUUGCAGUAAACAUCGUUUCAGGCUGGAAUAAGAGCGAGUUCACGGCUGUUGGGCAAUGGUGGCUCGAGCAUGCGGAGCGGUACCGGCGAUCCAACGAGUUCAUCCGCGCAUUAAAAGGUAUCUGGACUGCGGGCGAUGAAGGCUUCAGUUUUGGCGGCGACUUUUACCAAUUCCGAAACUACAAGUUGGCGCCCAAGCCGCUUCAGAAACCACACCCGGAGAUUUUCCAAGGCGGGAAUAGCGACGAUGCGAGGAACAACGGGGCCGAGGUCAGCGAUUGGUAUUUCAUGAACGGCAACGAUCUGGAUGGUUUCCGUGAGCAGAUUGCGGAUGUGAAGGAGCGCGCGCGCAAAGUGGGGCGCGAGGGCAAGGUGAGGUUUGCUGUCAAUGGCUUCGUCAUUAUCCGCGAAACGGAAGAGGAGGCUAUUCGCGUGUUGAGGGAGAUUCAGGGUAAAGCGGAUACGGAAGCUGUUGAAGCUUUUCGUCAAGCCGUGCAGCAAGCUGGUGCUAGCACGGGGAAUAAAAAGGGCAUGUGGGCAGACAGCAAACUCGAAGACUUGGUGCAAUAUAACGACGGCUUCAAGACCAAGUUGAUUGGGACGAAAGAGCAGAUUGCAGAUCGGAUCCUUUUGCUGAAGAGCUUGGGGGUUGACUUGGUGCUGACGGCGCAUCUGCAUUACGAGGAGGAUCUUGAACGCUUUGGAAAGGAGGUAUUACCACUAGUAAGGAAGCUAGAAGCUGCAGGGAGGGGCAAGGACGUUGAAGAUGAGAUUAGACGAACAGGUGACAUCUAUCGCAAAUCCUAA